GUGGAAGAGCAGCGGGAAGAGAGAGCAGCAGCCACCGCCGCCCUCAUCGACGCCACCCCCACACACCCAAUUCCCCAACCUCUCUCCACUACAGUGCUACACCUAAGUCCCCAAUCUCUCUCCACCCACUACGUGUGCCAGGAGGCAGUGGAAACCGUCCUCCGCGACGGCAUUUUGCGGCCGAUUCUGAAGCUCCUCGGUGGCAACGAUGGAGGUUUGCUUUCGUCCGAAUCCAACGACAACACGAGUUUCAACGUGUUUAAGCUUCAAGAUCUAACUCCGACAUCACGAUCGAAGGCGCCAAAACGGAGACGCUCUGACGAUUUCUCGAAAUUGGAGCUCUUCAAUCUCAAUCUCAGUCUGACAACGGGGUUUCCGGCCAAGCUAACGGAGAAGACGCGACUGGGGACUCCGUCGAUGAAUUCGGAAGAAUCUGGGAUGACAACGGCGUGUUUGGAUAGCAAUUUCGUUGGCGACUAUUUCGAGACAAGCCCUGUUCCAUUUUUGAGGCAAUUCGGCCUUCUAUUGCGAUUUUGGGGCAAUUCGGCAUCUAAGGCUUGAAACAACAUUUCAAACAUACUCUCACUUGGGUGGAUUAAUUUUUGUUAGUUUAAAAAAACCCUUUCUUUCUUCUCAUGUUAGUUCUUUUUGUAUUUAUUUAAUUUUGUUUUAGUUGGGAUUUUUUUCAUUGUCA